AUGGCAGUCAAUGAUGAUGGCACAGACUUGGACGCCGCUUUAGAAGCUUUGAUGUUGGAGUUCGAAGUUGCUGCAGAGUUACCUGUGGUGCUGCCUAGCUGUGAUAGCCAGUUGGCACUGUUGCCUGUCGAAGAUCAAGCUGCAUCGCCGCCUCCCAGCCGGCGGCGGCGUCUCUCGAUUGAUUGGGCGACCAAGGUCUCCUCUUGGGUGCUUCCACCCGGCGCCAGCAGCGCGGUUUCUACUUUGACAAGUCGCCAAAAGUCUGCCUUUCGUGAUCAAUGGUGUGUCCGCCUGUUGCGCCGCAUGCCCCAUUUGAAAGCCACCAGCUAUACUGACGGCCUUGCGCGAGCCAAAGAGUUGUGGCAGGAGCAGCCAUCUGAUCACAAAACCGGCUGGUUCUUGCACAUGGCAGAUAGCAGCCAUCCAGCACCGCCGUUCCCAGCAGAGAGCACGUUUGGUGACAGAUCUGGUGGCGCUAGCAGGCGUGGCGGGGGCACCGCUUCAUCUGCAGCAGGUCGUGCAACUUCUCAGAUGACGGAUGAACGGCUGCAUGGCUUUCUCUUGACUUACAAUGGCUCCUGGGGAGCUGGCACUCCAGAGGUGGAUGCUUUGGCCAUGAUGCAAGGCACCCACAAUGAAUUGGUUGCUGCAGUGCGACAGUCCGCCUUUUACGAAGCCUUGUGGCGUGAGUUUGUGACGGAACUGACUUUGAAAAGCAACCAGAAUUGGCCACAGCUUUCCUGCAAGAUGGAAUUGAGUUUGAAAAGAACAAAGCAACAGAAUUUGGUACAUUUUCAUGUGGCGCUGUCGAAUUUCGAGAAACCUCUGCGCCUUGGGGCUUUGCAGCUUUGGGAGUUUCGUGGGGCCUUGCCACAUGUACGUGGCACCAAAGGGCGGGGCAAAGCAUUGCAGCGGCAGCUCGAUGCAGCCCAUUAUUAUGUGCAAGCUCCAAAGUUUGGGUCGGUCUUCUGUGAGAGUACCUAUGUGCGGUUUCAAGACUUUCUCGUGGAAGCCACCUCCAUUAUGUCUUUGUGGCGUUUCUACAAGCUGUCUGACGAGGUUGCUAUUGAGGAGUUGUUGCGGGGCCGUGUUCGAGGCAUCCGGAACCACAUUGCCGAGAUUUCCUUUGUGCAGGAGCAACUGAAACAGAGGCGCGAGGCAGCCAUGCGAGAGGUCCUGGAAGUGCGUUUGUCCCAGUUGCAAAAGCCGGCACGUUGCUUGCCCGCAGUGACAGAGUGGCUGCAACUUUACACUGAUGGGUUUGGCUCUCGCUCCAGAUUUCCUUUCCUGGUUUUGCAUGGACCUUCGCAAUAUGGGAAGACGUCCUUUGCUGUGUCCAUCUUUGGACCAGCUGCCACGCUUGUUGUUAGCUGCCAAAACGUGCAGCAACCCAAUUUGACGCGAUUUGACAGAACUUUGCACAAGUGCCUCGUCUUCGACGAGUGUGAGCCAGAGCUGGUGCUCAAUAACCGGCAGCUCUUUCAAGCCGGCUCCACGCCGGUCAUGCUUGGACAGUCACCGACACAGCAACAUGCUUAUCAAAUCUUUGCGUAUGCUAUUCCCAUGAUUGUCUGCACCAAUAUUUGGUCGCGUGAAGCCGACCCGCCCCACCGCACCUCGCUUGUCUUCUACGUCGGCAUGCUCUUCUCCGUGGACACGUUCUUCUCCGUGGACCUGCUCUUCCGUGGACUUGCUCUUCGUCGUGGAGGUGCUCUUUGUGUGCCUUGGCUGGGUGGGGGUGCUGGGGUUGGUUGGUUGGUUGGGCUGGUUGGUUGGUUGGUUGGUUGGUUGGUUGGUUGGUUGGUUCGUGGGUGGGUGGGUGGGUUGGUUGGUUGGUGGGUUGGUUGGUUGGUUGCUCGGUUGCUUGGUUGGCUUGUUUGGCUGGAUGGCUUGUUUGCUUUGGUUGGCUUGGUUGGCUUGGUUGGCUUGGUUGGCUUGGUUGGCUUGCUUGCCUUGCUCGGCUUAUUGGCUUGUUUGCCUUGCUUCCUUUGGUUGGCUUGGUUGGUUGGCUUGGCUUGGUUGGCUUGUUUGGCUUGGUUGGCUUGGUUGGCUUGGGUGGCUUGGGUGUCUUGGUUGCCUUGGGUGGCUUGGUUGGCUUGGUUGGCUUGUUUGGCUUGGUCGGCUUGGUCGCCUUGGUUGGCUUCUUUGGCUGGAUUGGCUUCUUUGGCUUGUUUGCCUUGGUUGGCUUGGUUGCCUUGUGCCUCGGUUUCCUUGGUUGGCUGGGUUGGCUUGGUUGGAUUCGUUGGCUUGGUUGGCUUGGUUGCCUUGGUUGGCUUGGUUGCCUUGGUUGCCUCGGUUGGCUUGGUUGGAUUGGUUGGCUUGGUUGGCUUGGUUGGUUGGUUGGCUGGGUUGGCUUGGGUGGCUUGGUUGGCUUGGCUGGCUUGGCUGGCUUGGUUGGCUUGUCUGGUUUGGUUGGCUUGUGCUUGGUUGGCGUGGUUGGCUUCGGUGCCGUGCUUGCUGUGGUUGGCAUCGUGCUUCUUUGGUUUGCGCGACCCAGCCCUGGCAGGAAAUUUCGCCUGCCGCAUUGUCUUCGGGUUCCGGCAGAAGCAGCAAUGGUUUGCAGUUUUGGAGGACUGCUACUGUGGGAUUGAAUUGCCGCCCGCGGGCAGUGCUGUGGGGGUGACGGUUGACCGACAAUUCUGUCCACUUUCUUUCAAGCCCAGUGGAAACUAA